UAAUAACAUAACCUCAAAACAUAAUAUAAAGAAUCUACAGAGUAGGCAAUAUUUUAAUGAUUUUAAUUAAUUAAUAAUUGUUUAAUAAUUUUCUAAACUUUUUUAUUAUUAUUCAAUAAAACCAAAGUGUUAAAAAUGGAAGAAAACAAAAGUUGUAUAACUUUAUUACCAAGAGAUUCGGCGAAAUUUAUAAGUCAACAUUCAAAGAAUGUUUUCAUUAACGAAAAAGGGGUGAAGGAUAUUUCAUGCUUGAUUCUCGAAGGAUUGAAGAGCGGAGAAAUCUCGAAGGAAAAUUUCUUCAAUCAUGAAUUUUUACCAAAAGAAUAUGACUCGAAAGUAAUUGAUUGGAUUUUCGUGCUAAAUACCUUGAAUUUUUGCUUCUGGAGGAAAAGGAAUGAUGUCCAUUGGGAAGUGAAGGGAGAAAGUGGAUAUUUUGCUCUAUGUGCUGCUGUUAAACGAAGUCUAGAGGAGGGGACUCCAAUUUUGGAUCCUGGUUAUUAUUCGAAAAUAACGAGAAAAGAGUUAGAGAAUAUUUUUCGAAGUGAUUCCGGUACGGUUCAGAUUCCUUUAAUUGAGGAAAGAGUGCAAAAUUUACAAGAGGUUGGAAAAGUUCUUCUUGAAAAAUAUAAUGGCACAUUUCUCGAAUGUGUUAAACAAUCAAAUGGAUCAGCAUUAAAAUUGUUAGAUAUUAUUGUCAAAGAUUUUGUUUGUUUCCGCGACGAAGGUGUUUAUCAAGACCAGAAAGUUUCAUUUUACAAGAGAGCGCAGAUAGUCGUUGCUGAUAUUUGGGCUUGUUUCAAAGGAAAAGGCUUGGGAAAUUUUCCUGAUCUUGAUGAACUGACGAUGUUCGCUGAUUAUCGAGUUCCACAAGUACUCGUACACUUUGAUGCCUUGAAUUACACUUCAUCUUUACUCAAUUCACUUGAAUCUGAAAUAGAAAUGAAAGCAGAUUCCGAGGAAGAAAUCGAAAUUCGAGGAUGUUCAAUCGAAGUUGUUGAGAGAAUUGUCAAGGAAAUUAAAACACAGUCACCAGAUUUGGACUGCAAUGCUAUUCAAGUGGAUUUUUAUUUAUGGUUUUAUCGAAGGCAACAUGCCCAGGAAUUAGAGAAAGUGCCUUUCCAUAAGGUCCGAACAAUUUAUUACUAAUUUUUUUUAUUAAUAAAUUCUCUAAGAAAAA